AUGGCCAGCUAUGGCGACGACUACCAGCCACUGCACAGCAGUAGCGAAGAGGAAAAAUCACCGGCUGUGGCCAAGAAUGACUGGAUAGGCCACUGCCGACGCAAUAUUUUCGCCCUGUUUCUCAUGCUGCUGUUUCUGGUGUCCUGUCUGGUGUACCGUAUGAAUAGAGCUCACCAAUUUCAGUUGGAUCUGUCUGUCGAGGCGACCAGGCUGGAGUCCCAUAUCCAUAAGCUGCAGUGGGGCAUCGGUCAGUACCAGAGGGAACUUGUGAAGCUUCAGAAGGAGCGACUGCGUGAGCAAAAUACGCUGGAGCAGCUCAAAAUCGGCGUGAAGCAAGCGCAGGAGGCCCAACAAGAGGCAAUGCGAGACCAUCCCAAAAUUACCCUGCCGCUCACCCUCCUUGCCAACUCGCUGCCCAAAAAGAUGAAUACUGUGUCGACGGGCGUAGCCGCGACCUGUGCGAUGCACAACUGCUUCGACCACUCCCGUUGCAGCCUCACCUCUGGCUUCCCAGUGUACCUAUACGACCCCGGCGAGCACAGCGUCCAAAGAGCUGGCUACGACAUCGAUGAGUUCCUCAAAAAGACUCUAAAACAGAUUCUAGGCUCCAAUGCGCACAUCGUGACGGAUCCAACGGAGGCCUGCAUCUUCCUGGUUAUAUUGGGCGAAGCUCUCUUGGUUAAGCAGCAGCCGACGGCAUCCAGCCACACACACGACUGCCCCAUUGACACCCAGAAGCUGUACAACCUGCCCUACUGGGGCGGUGAUGGCCGCAACCAUGUGCUGCUCAACCUCGCACGCCGUGACCUCUCCUCCCGCCGCACCAAUGCACUGCUUCAGCAGAACACCAUGCGUGCCAUUGUCGUUCAGAGCGCUUUUGAGAUGAACCAGUUCCGUCCCGGCUACGAUCUGAUUGUGCCCCCCAUCCUGGGGCCACCCGGAGGAGACGUUUGGCAGGAGUGUGCCAGCAUGGUGCCCGCCCGCCGCAAGUACUUGAUUUCGUUCCAAGGAGAGAUGAGACCGAGAACAGACUCUCAAGCCUCAAACCCGCUCGACGACUUCAUUCUGGAACACUUGACUGACAUGUCUAAGGGACCCACUCAGGAUCAGUUCGAGCUGCAGUUCCAGUGCGUGCCUGCCACGGAGCAGCAGGAGGCGGACUCCGUGUCCGACUGGACGCUCUGUGGAUCGGAUUCCUCCCGCAAACAUCUGCUGAAGGACUCUACCUUUGCGCUGAUCCUUCCGCCGCUCAGCGGGCGGGUUGCUUCCACCCUCAUGCUGGCCCGACUCUACGAGGCGCUGCGCUCUGGGGCCAUUCCCGUCAUCCUCGGAGCAGAUGAACUCCGACUGCCGUACGCGGAGACUCUGGACUGGCGUCGGGCGGCACUCCUCAUGCCCAAAGCUCGCAUCACGGAGCUGCACUUCCUACUGCGAGCCGUCCAGGAUGCGGACUUGCUUCUUCUGCGGCGCCAGGGCCGUCUUAUCUGGGAGCGCUACCUCAGUUCGGUUCAGGCCACGGUGGAUACGGUUAUAGCUAGCCUACGCGAUCGGCUAGGGAUACCACCGCGGCCUAUUCCAAGCGUUGUUUCUCAUCACAUUUUCAACAUUUCGGUUACGCCGUUAAUGGCAAAGAUAAGAUUAACCAUUCAGCCGGAGGAGUCUCUUGGCCCCAUUGNCACGCCGUGA